CUUCCCAUCAAGACGCUUUGAACACAUACAAUGGAUGCACUGAUGAUCGAUGCGCUGGACACGAUGCCUCUGGAAGAGGCAUUAGCCGCGACGUUUGAUGUAGAUGCCAUGCUCAUGGAUGACUUUGAUCUGUUUGCACCUUUGGCUGUGAAGAACAAUAUGAGUGCGGCCAAGGUCCUGUCGUCGUCUAGGAGCCAAACGGACACUGCGAGCAUGUCGUCGGACCAAGAAGCGCCGACGCCGUUGGGCGACGACGCAGCCAACCGUCCGAAAAAGAUCAACCACAGUCGCAAGCGGCAGCGCGAGGAGCUCGAGUACCUUCGCUCGAAGGUGAACGAGCUGGAACAGCACUUGCGCAUCGUGGGCCAAGUCAAAGCCAUGGAGAUCGUGAACGAGACCCCGUGGCAGCAGAUGGCCAACCAGAUGCGCAUCGCCAAGCAGACCGCGUUGAACGAGAAUGACAAGCUCAAGCACGAACUGGAAGAGCAGAUCGAGUUUGGCAAAGCGCUGCAAACGCUCAUGAAGAAGCGGCCCAAGCUGACGGUGCUGCCCACGCUUGAAAACGAACAGUGGCGCGUGCUCAAGCUCGUCAAGGACCCAGUCCUCCGGCGCCACGCCAUCCACGAGAUCUACGAGCAACAGUACCGUCUGACGGACGGCGUCUUGGUUGAGGGCGGGCUCCUCGACCAGGUGGACGACAUGGAGGCGUACGUGCCCCGUCUGGCCAAAUGCAACGCCGAUCUGGUGCUGCAAGUGGCGUUCUGCAAGACCAAGCGCUACGACUUCAACGUGGUGUCGGAAAUGGCGUGGGCGCUGUUUCAAGGGGGCUGCGGCGCCAAGAAGAAGCAGCUCACGUACGAGAUGAUUGAAAAAAUUGACUACAACUCGGCGUACGUUGGCAUUGAAUUGCACUGGAACGACUUGGCCAACCAAGCCAAUUGCCUCUACAAGCGAUUCACCGAGCCCGACCGCGACGUGAUUGUGUGUCGGUAUGAGAUCUUUCGAUCGCCGCCAAUGUCCGAGGAGUGUUGUUGAUGCAAAUGGCUAUAGGAGUGUGCUGGAGGAUGAGCUGCAUCCCUUUCGCGAAGGGGCGCUGGUGUUGAACAAGAGUGCAUGGUUGGUGAUCGAACGACUUGACAAUGGCAAAGCUUGUCGACUCAAGUUUUUCCAAAAGUCGACCCUUCCGAUGCUCCAGUCGAACCAUGGCACCCGCAGCCUCAGUGACCCCGCGUCGCGGUACUUUCGCGUCGGGACCGUCACGGACUCGGUCCUCCUCUCGCUCAAGUCGAUGAUCGCCGACUUCUCGGAAGCCAUGGACACCCUCUUGGCCAACUACAACGGCAACGUGGCCGACACAUUCCACCGCGUCAACUUGAUGAUGGAUAAGUAAUGUAGGAAUGAAUGAUGGUCCCAACAUUCGUAUAGUUUAUAAAUUAAUACCUCGAAGAAAAAAUGAGGGCAUAUCCCAUUCUGACA